GAAUAUCUGUCUUUCAGUUGUCCUUCGUCGAAGACCCAGAACGCUAUGCGGAGCUUUUCGAUUCUCAGUUCUUCGAAUUCUCUCUUCUGCUCAGGAUAUUACGCAGCUUUCUUGCCGCCUGGACUAUUCCCGAGGAAAUGGAUUAACCCCGCGCCAAAACCUUCUUCUAGCGGAAGAUUUCCACUUAUUUCUUUGCAAAUACACCGUUUUCCUUGCUUCGCUGUUCGCUCUACUGGUACUCAAGAGGUUUUGGAGACAGACUCAUCUGCAUUGGGCUUUGUUGAGACUGGUUACAUAUCUGGUGUGCAUGGUUUACAAGGAGAGGUUCGCGUAAAACCAAGCACAGACUUUCCUGAUCUACGCUUUUCCAAGCCGGGAAAAAGAUGGCUAAAGCAAAGAAAUUCAGGAACGGAGACUCUUCAAGAAAUUGAGCUGAUUGAGGGGCGCGGUCAUGGUGGACAAAAGUGGAUAGUAAAAUUUGGUAACAUUGACACUGUGGAACAGGCACAAAAACUUGUUGGGUCAACCAUAUUGGUUCCGGAUGAAGAUAAACCGGAUUUAGAGGAAGGAGAAUUUUAUACUCGUGACCUUAUAGGAAUGACCGUUGUUCUUAAGGAGUCGGGGGAACUGGUGGGAACUGUUGACAGUGUUUACAAAACUGGGGCCCAUGAUCUUCUACAUGUUAGGCUUAACUCGUUGCGAAACAUACCAAACCGGAUCGGAAAGAUGAAUAUUUCGAAAGAUAAUUUGGGACCACUAGUGUGGGUUCCUUUUGUUGAAGCAAUUGUUCCAACUGUUGAUCUGGAAAAACGGGAAAUGCUAAUUACACCUCCCAAGGGGCUCCUGGAGUUGAAUGUUCGAUCUGAUGAGAGAUCCAAAAAAGAAAGGCGUGAGCUUGAAUGGAAAGAAAGAAAAAAAUUUCAAAGACGUGUAAUAGCAGCGAAAAAGAAGCUAUAUGAAAUGGAACAGAAACAUGUAUUUGACGGCGUUGGAUAUGGAGGGAGAGACAAAGCACGAUUACUUGCAAAUCAAAUAGCAUCUGUCAAUUCAAACUUGCUUCAGCAGGCCCUGCAGAAUAUUGAGACACCUUUGACAAGACCAAAUUUGCUCGAUGUUUUGAGUGCUGUUCCAGGACCACACCGCUUAAGCAUCUCUGAUGAGCCAUAUUGCAAGCUGCAAAGGAAAGGGCACCUUUUGAAUUCUGAUGGUAAAAUUGCUGUAUGUGUAGUGUUGGGGAACACUGCUGAUACUGAAAAUGGUUCUGCUGCCAAUUUUGAUAACUCUGAUGUCAAAUCGAUACUGGAUGAUCAUGCGAGUUUUAUUCAGGUUGAAGGCCGCCAAUCUGUGCCUCUUAUAUUGGUCUGUGCUGCUGGUUCAGUCUCUUCUUUACAAGAACUUUUUUGGAAUGAUGACUUCUUUGGAUUUGAUCCUGAAAAGGUCUGGUUUUUGGAAGAAGAGAAGCUCCCCGUUGUUAGUAGCUCAAUAGAAGGACAUGGCAAGCACAAAAUAUUGAUGAAGUCACCAUGGGAAUUCCUGCAAAGAUCAGUUGGAUCAGGAGGCUUGAUCAGCUUACUUUCUUCCCAGGAAUCCUUAUUGGAUCACCUAAGUGAAACUGGCAUAGAGUAUUUUGAGGUUGGCAAAAUCAACCGAAACCAUGAAAAGAGCCAUGCCCUUCUUGGUCUACUCAGCUCAUGCAGUGCAAACGUUGGGAUCAAUCUUUUCGAAGGCAUCACGGUGGAAGAAGAUUUUAACAUCAUAUUCACCAUGAGUUUCGUAAGGAAGUUGAUCAAGCAGCUAAACAAGCUCCAUUUUCGCGCCAUUCUUACACGUAAUUCGUAUGUUCAGAAGAUUGAGAAGGAAUGGGUCGAUGUCAUCCCCUCCGAGGCCAAUUCUUAUGAGUUCCGUGCCUCGAUAUAUGGCUGCUUGGAUGCCACUCCCAUCAACAAGGUCUGUGUGCUCGACUCCAACCUAUAGUCGACGUAUUUAUACUGUUCUAUAGAUGGACAUGAAACUAUAGAGUUUUGUACAGUAGAUGUUUCCGUUAGGUAUAGUGCCUUUUGGUAUCAGUCCAAAUACGUCUUCAAGAUGAGUCUCCAACUGUCAGAAUGUCUGCCCCUAAUUCAAAUCAGUGCGAAAUCUCUAAUUGAGUGGUACGUACAGUUCCAUUCCAAUGGAGGGUUAUUUGAUUCAGGCAUUUAUGAAUUUGAUUUUGUACGUGGUUAACAAUUUGAAUUAUCUAUUUGGGGCUGUGUAACAAUGUCGGCGAUCAGAAACCAAACCAUAGUUCAAGCCAGUAUACUGCGGAACUCUCGUAUGUAAUUGAGUGGUUUCAUGCCUUUAUUCAGACAGAGAAUGUGAAGUCCA